UCAGUUUUUUGAUUCCAAUAACUAGUAGGUUUACAAAAUCCUUAGUACAUUGCAUAUAUAUGAUCCCAAGUCACAUUCUCUAAUCUCUUCUUCUCCCCAGUCCCCCCCAUAGAUAUCGGCAAACAAAACAAUAAUAAAAAGAGGAACACCCAAAAAGAAUAAUAAAAGGAUUUAACAACCACAAAACCUAUAACCGUCUGUCUCUUCUUCUUCUACUGAAAUACUAGUCUCUCUAUCUAGCUUGCUUGUCCAUCCUUGUACCCUUCAGAAGCGAUCAUUCAGUUUUGAGGAAAAUGGCAGGAAUCGUAUCGAAUGGUAGCGUUUACCGGAUAAGACAGUGUGCCCUCGACCUAUUAUCGAUUGUUGAUUUGAUGGAUGGCGAGGUUUCAUGGGACAUUAUAGGAAGAGAUCUCCAGCUUAGAUCAACAUUCUUAUACUGUGAUUUCAAACAAAUCAUUUCUAAAGCAGCAGAGGACGAAAAGAAACCCUUAAUUAACCUUGCCAACCGCUUAUUAUGUUCUAUAGAAGAGAUGAGCUAUGCAGUAAAACUAAAAGAUCGUACUUUGAUGGAGAGCAGAUACUUUGACACAGCAAAGGUUUUGGAAGACUUGAUGGCUCUCCUUCCUUAUUGCGAUCUGUUCGUCGAGGAUGAAUCGGACGAUUAAGUGAACCCCUCAUUUACUGUAUAUGUUUUACCCCUUCCCUCAUGUCCAGCUGGUUCUUUCCUUCUUGGGCUUUAAGUACCAUCCAUCUGUAAAUACUAAAUACCAGUUUAGAAUGAUUUCAUAUGUAAAAAGUUUGGUUUAGGCUUAAAUGUUUCAAAUCCUUAGCACGCA